CGCUCCUUCACGAUGAAGGGGGCCAGGUCGAUCUAAAUACUAAUGUGAAAAAAAUGCAACGAGAACUUUCAGUUUACGGUUUAUCACAGGAAGAAUAAAUUGAAGGAGAUUGGUGGAGGAGUCUUGCAUUUUCGGUAUCUUCCACCGGUUUGCUGUAUAUCAAAUGAACUCCAAAAUUUGCAUUGUGGGGUGGUAUAUAGGGACAGUUGGACAGUGGAAUUUCACAAAAUUUGUUGCAAUAAAACAUGAAGACCACAAUUGUCUUGUUCAUCCUGAGUCUGGGUCUGGUAAAUACCCAGGGCGAUGGCAGCGAUGAAGCUGAGGUAGUGGAUGCCUUCCCUGAGGACAGUGACGAAACCUCUGAAGAGGGAAGUAAUAUAAUAUGUGGUCCAAACGAGAGAUACAGCCAGUGCAACGCAAAUCCCCUGUGUCAGAGGACUUGUGAGAGGCUCGGAGAUGAUGCCAUCCCUUGUCCUAGAGAAGGAUCACAGAAAUCAUGCAUCGAGGGUUGUGUCUGUGUAGAAGACUACGUCAGAACCCAAUUCUACGGUCCAUGUGUACAUAAUAACAGAUGUCCACGGGUGAGACACUGAUGGAAAAUUUCAGAGCUCAUCCAGGAUUACCCCGACCAGGAUUGAACCCUUUUUCUUUGAAUAUUUUUAUUUACGACACAAUUGUGAAUUUAAUUUGUCGAAUGAUGUAAUCCAGCACUCCUUUCAAUGGUAAUAAUAAAUUGCAAAUUGUACCACUAAUAA